UCGAAUUAGUUUUUGAAGUAUAAAUAGUAAAUAAAUAGGGCCAAGAAGAUGGAACACCAUGGCCAGUUGAUGGGAAACCCUAAUGGCCUUCAAUCCGAGAUCAUAAUUAAGAUUUUUGCAAGGCUACCGGUUAAGUCCUUAUGCCGCUUCAAGUGCGUGUCGAAGCCAUGGCGUUCUCUCCUCUCCCACCAUAGUUUUGUUAAAGUGCACUUCAACAAAGCCAUUGAGAAUGAAGAUGUAUUGCACCAAAGACGAACAGUCAUACUUACAGCUUACGAAGACAAAUCCCUUUACUCUUUGCACCUCGAUGAGUUUCUCAAUCGUAAUGAUGCAUAUCUAAAGAAUGAACAUGUUGAUAAUGUUGGUGGGGAUGAUCUUGUGGCAGCCACUGAGCUGGCCUUUGUUCAUAGCAUGCACAGAGAAACUUUGGUUUACUUGAUUUGCCACUGCAAUGGCCUGUUGCUAUGCCAGUUAGACAGAUGGGAUUUAUAUUUGGUUAACCCUGCAACCAAAGAAUCCAAGAUACUACCAAGGACACCGAAACCCUACCGCUAUUCGAGCUUAUGCGGGUUUGGAUUUGAUCACUCCACUGAUGAACAUAAGGUGGUUUGUGGGCGGAUCAAUAGAGAUCAUGGGAUUGAGUUUUGUGUCUACACAUUAGAAACCAAUUAUUGGCGAGUGAUUCGUCAAGACUUCAAUUGUGUCUCAUGCAAAUCUAGGCUUGGGAUCCAUGUGAAUGGCGAUCUCCAUUGGCUGAUGAAUAAAGAUGAUUAUGAGCUUUCCUCCACGAUUAUGUCCCUCCUUUUGGACAAGGAGGAGGUUAGAGAAAUUCCACUGCCGCAUGAACAUGCCAUUGAUGAAGGAAUUUAUAUGAUAGAGCUAGGGGUUUUCAGAGAAUGGUUAUGCGUAAUACAUUAUGGUUGUGAUGCUAAUGGCCAAAGAUACAAUGAUUUUUGGGUCAUGAAGGAGCAUGGAGUGAAGGAGUCUUGGACUAAAAUGAGGGUCUCCAUCUCAUUGCACGACGUAUCACAUUCUGGCUUCUACACCAAAUCUCAUGACUUGAUGGUGUUUGAUGACAGGUUGGUUAUGUACAGUUUUGAUGAUGAAAGCUCUCGGGAUCUGUCAAUUUGCGGAGUUGAAAACACUGGUAGUUGUCUCACGGUUUACUUGGAUAGCCUCGUUUCGCUUAGAAAUCGACCUAAGACGAGCUCGAAGAAGACUUCGGUCAAAUGGCAACGGAGAGCCAUGAAAAUGUGAGCAAGCUGAAACAAAUGAGGUUGAGGGAGAGAAAUCUUCUUCACGUGGAUUUUGUUUUCAAUCGUUGAAUUUCUUUUUUCUUUUGUGUUCAAUCAUUGUUUGUAUAUAAACCCUAGAGUUUAUAUUGGUUGUUAAAAGGUUUAGUCUCUUUUGUUUAAUAUUUUAUAUACACAAAUGUAAGUAUGAACAACCAAUUUUUCUGUUUUUUGUGCGGAGUUAUGCUUAUAUAGGCUCUUUCUUUCUCCAAAAUAUGGGCUCCAAUUGUAUACGCUUCUGAAUUUUUUUGGUAUAGAAGAAAGCUUUUGAAGUGC